AUGGCGUUCAUGGUGAAGUCCAUGGUGGGUGGCCAGCUGAAGAACCUCACCGGGAGCCUGGGGGGCGGCGAGGACAAGGGGGACGGAGACAAAUCUGCAGCCGAGGCACAGGGCAUGAGCCGAGAAGAGUAUGAGGAGUAUCAGAAGCAACUGGUGGAGGAGAAGAUGGAGCGAGAUGCACAGUUCACGCAGAGGAAGGCAGAACGGGCCACACUACGGAGUCACUUCAGGGACAAAUACCGUCUGCCCAAGAACGAGACAGAUGAAAGCCAGAUCCAGCUGGCAGGUGGAGACGUGGAGCUGCCUCGGGAGCUAGCCAAGAUGAUCGAGGAGGACACGGAGGAAGAGGAGGAUAAGGCCUCUGUGCUGGGGCAGCUGGCCAGCCUCCCUGGCUUGGACCUCAGCUCACUCAAGGACAAGGCCCAGACUACACUAGGGGACCUCAAGCAAUCAGCUGAGAAGUGCCACAUCAUGUGA